GCCCCAAACAUCUAUUUUCCGGGCCUCCGCAUUGAAUGCAGGGAGCGCCAGGACCCAAUCAUCAAGCCACAAUUCACCAACCUUGCGUAAACCAAACCACCACAAAGAGUAAAUGACUUCAUGUUUACCGGGACCGUCUCUAACUACUCGUCAAUUCUUCUUUUUCCGUAAAUAUUCUACAAGUACCCAUAUGCCCUUCUCCUUUAUUUCUUCUACUACUCUUAAACUGUUCACUCUCACCUUUCACUCUCUUCCUACAUCGCCGGAGCUCUCGCCUAGCUCCUAACGACGUCACCUCAUCCUUGGCUCCUCUGCUAUGGUGCUCAAGUCUUUCGUCGAAGUCCAUCCGGACUCGCACUUCCCUAUUCAGAACUUGCCGUACGGCGUCUUCAAGGCCGAACCUGGUUCGGAGGCCAGACCGGGCGUUGCAAUUGGCGACUAUGUGCUGGACCUCUCCGUGAUUGCCUCGGCUGGACUCUUCGACGGUCCGUAUCUCGAAAACUCCGAUUGUUUCAACCAGCCUACUCUCAAUAAGUUCUUGGGACUGGGACAACUGGCAUGGAAGGAAGCUCGUAGUACAUUGCAAAAGCUAUUAUCAGCUGCAGAGCCAAUAUUACGGGAUAAUACUAGUCUAAGGCAGAAAGCACUUCUGCCUAUGGACAAGGUCCAAAUGCUUCUUCCUAUUGCAAUAGGGGACUACACUGACUUUUUUGCGUCAAAGCAUCAUGCGAAGAACUGUGGACUUAUAUUUCGAGGCCCAGAAAACCCAAUUAACCCAAAUUGGUUUCACAUUCCUAUUGCUUACCACGGGCGUGCAUCUUCUAUUGUCAUCUCUGGCACUGACAUAAUCAGGCCAAGAGGACAAGGCCAUCCAACAGUGAAUUCUCUACCAUAUUUUGGGCCUUCUCGGAAGUUGGACUUUGAGCUGGAAAUGGCUGCUGUAGUUGGUGCUGGGAAUGAAUUGGGGAAGCCCGUGGAUGUAAAUGAAGCUGCAAAUCAUAUCUUUGGACUUGUCUUAAUGAAUGACUGGAGUGCAAGAGAUAUUCAAGCAUGGGAGUAUGUACCUCUUGGUCCUUUCCUGGGCAAAAGUUUUGGUACGACUAUAUCCCCAUGGAUUGUCACCUUAGAUGCUCUAGCACCAUUUGCUUCUGAUGCUCCAGAUCAGAAUCCUCCUCCCUUGCCGUAUCUUGCAGAGAAGGAAUACAAAAACUAUGACAUCUCCUUGCAGGUUUCCAUUGUACCCGCUGGCCAAAAAGAUGCAUGCAUUAUAUCAAGAAGCAACUUCAAACACCUAUAUUGGACAAUAACCCAGCAACUUGCCCAUCAUACUAUCAAUGGCUGCAACUUGAGGCCUGGUGACCUCCUUGGGACUGGAACUAUAAGUGGUCCUGAACCAGACUCUUACGGAUGCUUGCUAGAGUUAACCUGGAAUGGACAAAAGCCUUUAUCUCUAGGUGGAACUACUCGAACGUUUCUGGAUGACGGAGAUGAAGUCAUUUUCACCGGCUGUUGCAAGGGGGGUGGUUAUAAUGUUGGCUUUGGAAGGUGCUCAGGGAAAAUUCUUCCAUCACCACCUUGAAAACCUGUUAAUUUUUUGUUCCCAUUCAACGCCUCCUUGUCUCUCAGGCUUAUGCUAGCGAAAAUUACGGAUAGGUGUGAAGAUUUGAUGCAUUGAUCUUUGUAUUGCAAUGACUGUAUCUUUGUCGAAUUGUUGUAUCAUUAGUGAAUAAUGAACCUGACUUUAUACAAUUCCUGCUUUGGCA